CUUCUCUACCCGGUCCUGCAACCUUGCAGUCGGUGCUGGAGAGACUGACGAGGCAGAGGGAUGCUUUAAAGACGCCGGGUGCUGAUUUGCUGCUGCUGCAUUUGAGCAGCCAUAACGGGGUGGGGGACCCGGUCUGCUCGUGAGCACUGGGGACAGAUCGAGAUCGGAAUGGUAUAACGUUGCAGUCUCCGAUAUCAAAUUACCGUCACACCAAAAGCUGCUUUUUUUUCUCCUUCACUUGGCAACACCCUAAAUUGUGCGCACAAGCACACCGCCAGGACGCAACAAGUGCUGUUUCAUGCAACAAUGUUGUAUAGCCCAGUUGAGAAGCAAAGCGGGCUGUAGCGAGCCGAGCCGGCCCCCCUGCAGCCUGUCAUACAGCAAGCUCAGCACCACGCGGGUGGACCCUGUUGCUUUUGUCAAUUUACGGGUCUCGCGCUUCUGCUGGAUAAUACAGACUUGAACACGAAAAAGGGGGAAUAUUCAAUAUAAAGAUAAAAAGUCAAUCCAAACCAUGACCAGAGAUAGCUGCCAGAAACGGAAUAACGGAGAGCAAAGCAGAACCGGAGGCGGCGAUAUUGUCAGCACUGAAACAGGAAUUAUAAAGGCGGGAGGAGGAGAGACAGCGGCGGCUGAGCUGGCGGCGUCGGUCCCGGGAGCUGAUGAAUCUGAAAGGAAAGAAGCGCUGCUGGGCGGCCGCGGACGGCUGGGUCAACCAAACUUGCGGAAAUCGGAGUUGUAACAGCGGGAGGCGAUCAAGCAGCCACCUGAUAAAACGCACUUCGUCCAUGUUCAUGUUAAUGUUUUAAUUUGCUCAGGAGAAGGCUACCAUUAAGACACACUGUCGCCGUCUGCCAUGCCGGCGCUGGGUCACUGCACCCGGAUCCAUUGCUCCUACUCCUAGCGCCGGGCUGCCUGGGAAAGGAAGCUACUCCAAGAUGUACAAUGUUUGCUUAUUGCUACGUGGGUGCCACAUGACGGUCCCCUUUAACUAAUCCCAGCCCUGAGUACAGUGCUAUUAAUAAGCUGAGUACGCGCUAUCUCGUUCUCGUCGGAAGAGUAUCGCCACCGGGAAGCAGCACAGCAUGGAGACUCCACCUACAGCUCAGCCACAGCCCUUCAGGCAGCCUAGCUUUUUGAGCCGGCGACUAAAGGGUUCUAUAAAGCGUGCUAAGAGCCAACCAAAACUGGAUCGAACCAGCAGCUUCCGCCACAUGAUCCUGCCGAGAUUCCGAAGUGCAGACCAGGACAGGACUCGUUUGAUGCAGAGCUUUAAGGAGUCUCACUCCCAUGAGUCUUUGCUCAGUCCGAGCAGUGCAGCUGAGGCACUGGAACUCAGCCUUGAUGAGGACGCCAUCAUCAAACCAGUUCAUUCCAGUAUACUGGGCCAGGAGUUCUGUUUCGAGGUGACCACUGCCUCAGGUACAAAGUGUUUUGCGUGCCGCUCAGCAGCUGAAAGAGACAAAUGGAUUGAGAAUUUGCAGCGAGCAGUCAAACCUAAUAAGGAUAAUAGCCGACGUGUGGACAAUGUCCUUAAACUGUGGAUUAUCGAGGCACGGGAUCUGCCAGCAAAGAAGCGUUACUACUGUGAGCUGUGCUUGGACGACAUGUUGUACGCACGCACCACAAGCAAAGCACGGACCGACAACGUGUUCUGGGGGGAGCACUUUGAGUUUAACAAUCUCCCAGCUGUGCGUAAUCUCCGAAUCCAUCUAUACAAAGAAACAGACAAGAAGCGCCGCAAAGAAAAGAGUUCUUACCUGGGCAUGGUUAACAUUCCAAUUUCCAGCAUCUCAGGCCGGCAGUUUGUGGAGCAGUGGUACCCGGUGGUGCAACCCACUGCUUUGGGAAAGGGAGGCUCUGGGUCAUCUAGCAAGUCUGGCUGCCCCACUAUCCGCAUCAAAUCACGGUACCAAACUAUGAGCAUUUUGCCUAUGGAGCUCUAUAAGGAGUUUGCAGAAUACGUUACUAACAACUACCGGACACUUUGCAUGGUGCUGGAACCAGUGCUGAGUGUUAAGAACAAAGAAGAAGUGGCAUGUGCACUUGUGCACAUUCUGCAGAGCACAGGGAAGGCUAAGGAUUUCCUGUCAGAUAUGGCAAUGUCAGAAGUGGACCGUUUCAUGGACAGAGAACAUCUCAUUUUCCGUGAAAAUACACUUGCCACCAAGGCUAUUGAAGAGUACCUGAAGCUUAUUGGACAAAAGUAUCUCAAGGAUGCUAUUGGAGAGUUUAUUCGGGCACUGUAUGAGUCAGAAGAGAAUUGUGAAGUCGACCCAAUGAAGACAUCACCUUCUGUGCUUGCUGACCAUCAAGCAAAUCUGAGAAUGUGCUGUGAGUUAGCACUUUGCAAGAUCGUCAACUCUCAUUGUGUGUUUCCACGUGAGCUAAAGGAAGUAUUUGCAUCAUGGCGCAUUCGCUGUGCAGAACGUGGCCGGGAAGACAUUGCUGACCGCCUGAUCAGUGCCUCCCUUUUUCUUCGUUUUUUGUGUCCCGCGGUAAUGUCACCGAGUUUGUUCAAUCUGACUCAAGAGUAUCCUGAUGAACAGACGUCCCGUACCCUUACCCUCAUUGCCAAGGUCAUCCAAAACCUUGCCAACUUCACCAAAUUUAGGUUUGGCAGUAAAGAAGAGUACAUGAGUUUUAUGAAUGAAUUCUUGGAGAUGGAAUGGGGUUCAAUGCAGCAGUUCUUGUAUGAGAUCUCCAACCUGGACAGUGUGACGAAUGCAGGAAGCUUUGAGGGUUACAUUGAUCUGGGUCGAGAGUUGUCGACACUGCACUGUCUGUUGUGGGAAACAAUGGCACAACUGAGCAAGGAAGCAAUCAUCAAGUUGGGCCCAUUGCCUCGGUUAUUGAAUGACAUCAGUGUGGCUCUUAGGAACCCACACCUGGAGCGCCAGCCUAGCCACCAAACAGAAAGGUUGCAUUCCCGCCCUAGCUUCAACCGUGGUGUUUCCUCUGACUUCCAAAACCUCAUGAUGCGAGAACUUAACAGAUCUAUUGAUGUCACACGGCUGCCUUCCCCAACUUCUGCCUUGACUUCAGGAGGUGGGGGGCUUUCACAAGGGGGUCCAGGUGGGAUUUUGGACCGUGAUCAUCCCCACCGUGCUUCAAAGGAUGUUUUUUAUGUGACCAGGCCACCUUUGGCCCGAUCGAGCCCUGCAUACUGCACCAGCAGCUCAGACAUCACAGAACCUGAUCCAAAGGUGCUAAGUGUCAACAAGAGCGUGUCCAUGAUGGACCUGCAGGACAGUCGAAUGAACAGCGUGUCCAACCUGCACAGUGUGGGGGACAUGCUAAACAGCAGCCAGGCCUCCAUCGCAGGACUGGGUGGACUUGGAGGCCUGGGACUUGGGGGGCUGGGAGGAAUGGGUGGGAUAGGGGCGGGGCUGCGUCCUGGAGGCAGGUUAUCUGCCGGCAGCGGGGGAUCCAGCAUCUCGGGGGGGCUGCGGCUUAGCCAGAUGGGAGCGACCACGGACUCGGUGUCUCAGCAGCAAGCUGCAAUGCGUAUUCCACUGUCCUUUCAGAACCCUCUGUUCCACCUGGCUUCUGAUGGGCCUCAGCUGCAACACCAGGCAAGCCGAGUGUCGCUCCAGCAGCCCCCCCCAACAUUGCUGCUAGCCCCCGAUUCUGCGCAGGACAUGGCCUCCACGCAGCACCAUCCCUCCUUCCUGACUUCCUUCCAUGGCUACUCGCGUAGCGAGGACCUGUCGGCACUAAGUGCCAAGCCACCUCCCCCCAACAUCAGCCAUAGCCACAGCUACAGUGACGACUACACCAGGCAGAACUCGGAGUUCAACCGGCGGCAGCUCUCGCUGCAGGAUAACUUGCCGCCAAUGCUUGGUGGGGUUCCCUCAGGUUCUGCCUCUGUGAUGGGCACCCCUCCCUCAUCGUCACAGCCUCAGAGGAGGCUUCCAGAGCAACAGUCCACCAUUGCGCCACCUCCAGCCUCAGCUCUGCAACGCUCGAAGACCCAGCAGCUGUCGGUUAGUGCAGCCCAGCCUCCAGCGCAGCGGCUGGACCUGCAGCACCAGCAAUCCACUCAGCAGCCACUGCAAAAACAGCCCAGCCAGGCCCGGCCUACCAGCGGAAAUUUGCUCCAGUCCCCAGAACCCACAUAUGGUCCGCAGCCGGGCCGGGCCGGGCCCAGGCAGCAGCUGUCGGUGAAGGAUGCAAUGCAGCCGCCGGGUCUUCAGCACCAGCAGAGUUCGGUCCGUGAGGCGCAGCCUGCGGCAACACAACAAGCUCAAUCUACAUCCACACAACAACAGCUGAAACCUACAAUUUCCAAGCAGGGCUCUCACUCACCAUCCACAUUGAACCCCCCUUCACAAGCUUCAGAACGCACUGUGGCUUGGGUAUCCAAUGUACAUCACUUGUCAGCUGACAUUGAGACCUCACACAUUGACCGUGAGGAAUUCAAGCUGAAGGAGUAUUCCAAAAGCAUGGAUGAGUCACGGUUGGACAGAGUAAGAGAAUAUGAAGAAGAAAUUCACUCUCUAAAGGAAAGGCUGAUGAUGUCACAUAGGAAGUUGGAGGAGUAUGAGAGGCGACUUAUGAGUCAAGAAGAACAGACCAAUAAGAUCCUGUUGCAGUACCAGAGUCGGCUGGAAGACAGUGAACGCCGGCUUCGCAUGCAGCAACAAGAGAAAGAUUCACAGAUUAAGGGCAUCAUCGACAGGUACUCGGACUCAAGCCUGAUCACCAUGCAGGGCCUACAGUCGAUGCACUGUCCAAACUACAAGGCUGAUGGCAGUGGAGGACGAAUUGAGGAGAGACCAUGUAACUGGUCCCCCACCACCCCUCGACCUGAAGCCACGACUACUCGACGCUCAGGCGAGGCGACCCUCAGUAUUACCUCACCGCGCGGCGCCACGCCCACACAGGAGGAGCAGUUUCCCACCAUGGGUUCUUCAAACCCCCGUCUGAUGAUGCUGGCGGCGCUGCAGGGCAAGGAUCGGAGCGGACCAGGAUCAGGAACAGGAGCCGGACCUGGAGUUUCAUCACAGCACCAGACACUGCCCUGGAACGGAAUGACGGGCGUGACAUCUUCACCAUCAAUGGCAGGAGUGGGACUUAUACCUCCGCCACCACCGCCCCGCUUGCAUAUCACAGAAAAUGGCGAGUUCCGGAACACGAGCAGCAGCAGUGGUGCAGGGAAUGCAGCGAGCACAACCGGAGCUGGUCACUAGCCAAGGUCUCCCAGAGAAAGAGUCUUUAAACUGAUCAGGGAAUACGGACCUUCUUCCAAGCUGGUCCCUUCACCUCGGUACAAUGCAAUAUCCCCAAGCCCCAAACCCAGGCUGCACUGAGCUGAGACCCUCUAGCCUUUCAGAUGUUGCUGCUUAUAGGAGGCAGGGCUGCUGCAGGAAUUGAACGGGCACAAGUCUAUCAGGGUAAUAGGCACAUCCAUUUCAAUCGCUGUACUGCAUUCCUCUGAUGAACCAAAAAGCUAAUGUAGGACAGAUCAUUAUUGCAAAGGAGUUUGUGUAUAUUUGAGAAUUUCCUUCAGAAUGCUCAGCAUGUCAUGAGGACAGAACAUGCAUCCUAUAAUGUUAUAGACCUGGGAGUUGUACUGAAAGGAAGCCAUGUGAGAGAAAAAAAGUUGUUUAUUUCAAAAUUUAGAUAGAUUGAUACAUUGCCACUUUCAAUUUAUUCAUUAAAAAAGAAAAAUCUAAAUUAUGAAGCAUCAAUUUUCAAAGGAAGUCUUGUAUUAUUUUUUUCAAACCAAUUUGAAUAUUAAGAGUAUAGUCAGAGAUUACUCUGCUGCAACUACAGUUAAGUUAAUGAGUAAAUGUCAGUUCUUAUAAAAGCAGCUGAUGCUAGUAGUAAAUUUAUUUUUAUGUCACUUUGUCCUACAUACAGGAGCUUCUCAUCACCAUUUUUUAAGCACUUUGAUAGGCGGUUGACAAUCUAUUCUGGUUCGCCUCAAAAUGGAGUCUUAAUUUAUUUAAUUUUAUUGAAGAACUGAAGAAAAUGCCAUUCAAGUUGUGCAGGCGUAUUUCCAUUUGUAACACUGCUGGGCUUAGCCAACAUUCUCAGCUUUGUCUAAUUCAAUUUAUCUCUCCAACAUUUUCAACUUUUGUCAUGCUCUGUUGUGCUCUAUUAAAGCACAAUCUGGCUUUGCUUAGUUUACAAUAGGCACUGCCAGGGUACAGCAUUAAGCUAACGGGGUAUGAAGUUUUAUAGCAUAGUUAAAUGGGGGAAUUAAUAAAGUCUUUUUAAAGUUUGAGCAAAGAUGUAAGUACAGCAGACAAUCUCUCUGGCAGUGGCCAACUGAAGACUCAAUUCACUCCACAGCCCUUUGUCUCGGCUCACUCAGCCUUUGUGAAAAGGCUUGUUUUGGGGAACAAAAUAAUAACCAGCACAAAGAAAUCUGCCUCAUGCAGCCAGGAUAAGCAUGAAUGCAACAAGUGGUACAUUUUGUAUACAGCCAGAGUCAUUGAUGAUCAUUUUCCACUGGCGGCACUCCCAGACAUCUCCAACCUAAAAAAAAAAAAAAAAAAAAAA